UCCUUCUACGGAAGUAGCGGCGGCCGCCAUUGUGCGGCGCUGGUCCACUUAAAGGGUGACAGCUGCGGCCCGCGCUUUGGGCUGUCGUCGUAGCUUCUUGGUCUCCUGUCCGCGGAGCCCGGCGGGACCGGGACUCCCGUCCGUGCCGGUGCGGGCGCCGGCAUGUGGCUCUGGGAGGAACAGGGGGGCCUCAUGGGCCCCUUCUCCUUCCUGAUGCUGGUGCUGCUGCUGGUGACGCGCAGUCCCUUCAAUGCCUGCCUCUUCACCGGCAGCCUCUACCUCCUGCUGCGCCUCUUCAGCUUUGAGCCGGUGCCCUCCCUCAGGACCAUGCAGGUGCUCAGGCCCCGGGACCGCGUCUCCGCCAUCGCCCACCGCGGCGGCAGCCACGACGCGCCCGAGAACACGCUGGCGGCCAUUCGGCAGACACACAUGGAGGGGUUGGGAAUAGUCCACUUACAGCAGAGGAGAAAGCUGAACACUGGGGAAAGAACAGCUCUCUACCAGCAGGGAAGAAGGAAGGGAAUAGAUCUGGCUAAGAAUGGAGCAACAGGCGUGGAGUUGGACCUUGAGUUUACUUCUGAUGGGAUUCCUGUCUUAAUGCACGAUAGCACAGUAGAUAGGACAACUGAUGGCACUGGUCGAUUGUGUGAUUUGACAUUUGAACAAAUUAGGAAGCUUAAUCCUGCAGCAAAUCACAGAUUAAGGAAUGAUUUCCCUGAUGAAAAGAUUCCUACCCUGAGAGAAGCUGUUGCAGAGUGCCUAAACCAUAACCUCACAAUCUUCUUUGAUGUCAAAGGCCAUGCAAAUAUGGCUACUGAUGCUCUAAAGAAAGUAUAUAUGGAGUUUCCUCAACUAUAUAAUAAUAGUAUUGUCUGCUCUUUCUUGCCAGAAGUUAUCUAUAAGAUGAGACAAGCAGAUCAGAAUGUAGUAACAGCUUUAAUUCACAGACCUUGGAGCCUUAGCCAUACAGGAGAUGGGAAACCACGCUUUGAUACUUUAUGGAAACAGUCCAUGUUUGUGGCAUUGGACAUUUUGCUCGAUUGGAGUAUGCAUAAUAUCUUGUGGUACUUGUGUGGAAUUUCAGCUUUCCUCAUACAAAAGGAUUUUGUAUCUCCGGACUACUUGAAGAAGUGGUCAGCUAAAGGCAUUCAGGUUGUUGCUUGGACUGUUAAUACUUUCGAUGAAAAAAGUUACUAUGAAUCCCAUCUUGGUUCCAGCUAUAUCACCGACAGCAUGUUGGAAGACUGCACACCUCAGUUCUAGGCUUUUCCCCCAGGGAGGAAACACAGCAGAACAGAGAUUCAGUGAAUGGAACAGAUAUCUAAACUGCAUGACUUCCAUACCACGUUAUGACUAGAGUGACAAGAGGAGGAGAAAGGAACCAAAGAAAACAUGUGUGGACUGAAUUCCCCCUUUGGCUUACCUGCAGAGGCUAUACAGCGAAUGACAGGGAAGAAAUUCUCUUGGGGGCAGCACAGAGUUCACAACAUCCCUUCUGUGGUGUGAAGACCUUUUGAGAGCCAGAAGUUCUCUGUCUCUUGACCUUUGUCCCAAAUCCGUAUUGCACUUGACUCAGCCAGGCCCAAUUAAGGAUUGAGAUCCUAUGCCAAGGUGGUCGUGGGCCUUGAAGAAUGGAGAAUUCAGAUGAAGAAAGAAGGUGUUAAUUACUUACUUGGAAGGUAUAGUAACGGGGUUAACAACAGGAUAUUUUUUUUUGCUGCAUUGGGUCUUCUUUGCUGCGCGCGGGCUUUCUCUAGUUGCGGCGAGGUGGGGCUACUCUUCGUUGCGGUGCGCAGGCUUCUCAUUGUGGUGGCUUCUCUUGUUGCGGAGCAUAGGCUCUAGGUGCUCGGGUUUCAGUAGUUGCAGCACACAGGCUCAGUAGUUGUGGCACACGGGCUUAGUUGUUCCGUGGCAUGUGGGAUCUUCCCGGACCAUGGCUCGAACCCGUGUCCCCUGCAUUGGCAGGAGGAUUCUUAACCACUGCGCCACCAGGGAAGUCCCAACAACAGGAUUUGACAUCAGAAAAAGUUAAAUCUGAAUUCCUAAUCUCUAGCUGUAUGACCUUGGGCAAGUCAUAUAGCUAGUGUCUUGAAUUCAUCUCUAAAAUAGGGGCAGUAUUGGUACCACGGCAGGGGUAGUUGUGAUUAAAGGAAAGAGUGCAUGUAAAAUGCUUGUUAAUAACUAAGAUUUAUGGACUGCCUACCAUGUACUGGACACUGUUUCAAAUGCUUUCUGUGUGCUUACUCUGCUACAACACCAUGAGGUCAAGGUACCAUUAUAUUCCCAUUUUACAGUGAAGAAAACCAAAGCCCAAGGAAGUUAAGUAACUUACCUAAAGUCACACGACAGUAAUAGGAUAAGGAUUCAGGCCCAGAUUAUAUAGUUCCAGAGCCCGCACUCUAAACGCAGGCUUAUCACCCUUUGUGGCCCUUAGCAAGGGCUCAGCCACGAGAAGCCUUCCCAGCACUCCUUACAGUGCCUGUCACAGUAGACAGUAAAAGUUGGAAGAAUGAGUUGUGGGAUAUCCAAGGGGAAGGUUCCUUGAGGAACCUGGAUAUAGACCUAGAGUGAGGGAAGGAUUUGGGAGUGUAAUGAUUCAGUAGCAUCGAUAAAUGAGCCAUCCAAAGAUAGCAUUCUUUCCAAGACAGUCAGUAGGGAUAAAAAUCACAUCCUCUGCUGUUCAUUGGACUGCCCCUGUGUUCUCAAGAGUGGUGGAGACAGAUAACCUGGAAGGGCUGCCUGAAAAGGCUUGAGAAACCCACUGCUUACUUCAUUAAACGAUACUCAUUUUCUUAUUUGGAGAUGAGUGUGCAAUCUUGUCUUGACAAGAAUUUCCCUAAGACAUAAAUACUCUUUAUGAGACAAGAAUUUCUACAUGACACCAUUUCCUGAAGUGGGAAUAAUGCUUCAACAGGACAGUCAACCACAGCUUUGAGGACAAGGCAGGGUGGAAGUUAAUGAAGUGUUCCAGACAUCCUCUCAAACCUUAGCAUGGAGUGACGGUUACUCCAGGGCAAAGUUACUUGAUUUCUUUGAUCAGAAGUACUGAAGAUUAAUGACCUGUGUGUUCUUUUAUCAAACUUUAAAUUAUGCUCAAAAUCUGACAGCAGGACACCAAGUGUUAAGAAGAGGAUGGAUAUCAGCUGGGCAGAGGGUUCUCAAAGAAUGCUGUCCUUUGAGACUGAAAGGGGUUCCUGGGCCCAAUUCUAGUGUGUUCUGUGUGUGGAGGCUUCCUCACAUCAACAACAAGCAAUUCUCAGUCGCAGGCAGGGUCCUUCAGAAUCCAGCUCAGUUCUGACACUUAUCUACCCAGAGAUAGAAUCAGAUGCCAUGGGUAAAGGGCUCAGUCCCAGACGACCACCCUCCAGAUGCCAGCUGCAAACACAGGUUGUUACCCGCACUUGUGACUGACUGGCUAUAAAUCAGAUAUUCCCACAAUCCCCUCCUCAGGUUUGAUUAAUUUGCUAGAACGGCUCACAGAACUCAGGAAAACCCAUUUACUCACUAGAUCGCCGAUUUAUUAUGGAAGCCUAUUAAAGGAUACAAAUCCACAGCCAGAUGAAGACAUACGUUGGGCGAGGUCCUACGCAAAGGAGCUUCAGUCCUCCUGGAGCUUGGGGCCAGGCAUGGGGGCACACAGAAGUGUUCUGUUUCCCCCACAUGGAAGCUCUCCAAAAAGAAGGGCAAAAAGCUGUCCUUUUGGGUUUUUAAGAUGACUUCAUUACAUAGUUAUGUUUGACUAAAUCACUGGCCAAUGGCGAUUGAUUCAACCUCAAGCCCCUAUCCCCUCCCCAGAAAUCAAGGGGGUAGGAGUGAAAGUUCCAACCCUCUAAUCACGUGGUUGGCUCCAUUGACAUCCAGGCCCCCACCCUUAGGUGCUUUCCAGAAGUCAUCUCAUUCUCAGAGCAAAAAGACACUUUUAUCACUCAACGCUUAGGAAAUUCCAAGGGUUUGGGGAGCUUUGAGCCAGGAACUGUAGACAAAGGCCAAAUAUAUAUGAGACCUAUAUUUCGGUCACCUGAAAGACCAGAUAUGUAUUUCUUAUAAAUCACAAUAUCAUGAAGACAGUUAUUCAACAUCAGCAUAAGGGGGAACUUGCUAGAAAUGCAAAUUCUUAGAACCCAUUCCAGAGAUAAUGAAUCUGAAACUCUGGGUCAGGCUCAGGACCUGUGUUUUAACAAGCCCUCUAGUUCUGAUCUUUGCUCAAGUCUCAAUUCUGCCACUCACUAGCUAUGAGACCUCAGACAAAUCACUUAAUCUGUGUGUGCCUAAGUUUCUGUCUGUCAAAUGGAGAUCAUAAUACUUGCACCAAUUGUCUUAUAGCAAUAAUGUUAUGAGAUUCAAAUGAGGGAAAAAAAAGUGAAUGUGUUUUGAAAAAUGUAUUAACAGUAUAAUACUGUUGUUAUGAAGAUAAAAUAGAACAAAUUUUGGAGGAGCCCUAAAACCAUUCUACUCAGGGUGUGGUCCUCAGACCCACAGCACUAGAUAGAAAUGCAGACUCUCGGGCCUCAUCCCUGAACUCACAAAUUAGAAUAUUAGAAUCUGCUUUUUUUUUUUUUUUUUUUUGUCGCAAAGCACGGCAGGUGGGAUCUCAGUUCCUCCACCAGGGAUAGAACCCAGGACCCCAGCAGUGAGAGCGCUGAGUCCUAACCACUGUACUGCCAGGGAAUUCCCUAGCAUCUGCUUUAUGACAAGAUCCCCAGGUGAUGGAAGUGGAGAAAGCGCUGUGCGGAUCAGAACACCACGCAAGUGUAAGGCAUUUACUCUUUAUCAGGCAGGUGCAGUCAUGAGCAAAGUAGAGGGCCCCUCUGCUCCACACCUGAGCUCCUCCCAAUGGUCUGUCUCACCGUCGAUCAGACACAUAAAUGCUAUGAAAAAGUUCCCACUGUGAGAAUUUAGGGAGGUACCAUUAAGUGCUACCUUACUGGGCUUCCCUGGUGGCGCAGUGGGUGGGAAUCUGCCUGCCAAUGCAGGGGACACAGGUUCGAUCCCUGGCCCGGGAAGAUUCCCACAUGCCGCGGAGCAACUAAGCCCGUGUGCCACAACUACUGAGCCUGCGCUCUAGAGCCCGUGCUCUGCAACAAGAGAAGCCACGACAGUGAGAAGCCUGCGCACCACUCGCUGCAACUAGAGAAAGCCCGCGCACAGAACAAAGACCCAACACAGCCAAAAGUAAAAACAAAUACAUAAAUAAAUUUAUUUUUUUUAAAAAGUGCUACCUUACUGAGAGACAGUUCCUAUUAAUGAGCUUAAUUCUUACCACCUGUCCUCAAUUCAAAGGUUAUAAAAACAUGUCAGUCAUAUGAUGUUUUUAUAAUCCUUUUAUAAUUGAACUUCACACGAAAUCAUCUCAUUGCCCUAUAAAAAAUGAAUUGGGCCCUUCACUGCGGCCACUUAAAGGAUCAGAUCCUGCAGAAAUUCAAGAGAGGCUAUCCUUUUUUAAUACUUAAAACUACAGGGAUUAUCCAGCUUUCAGGUGACUCUUGGAAAGCAUGUUACUUUUAUCAUUUUGAGCGAAUUGAGACAAGCUUUGGAAGAGGAGGAUGGACAAUGUCCCCAGAAAUUUUUGAUGCAAUAUCCUUAGCUCACUAUUUGCAUGUUCAAUAAGUGCCUCAGGUGACUUUUAUGGUCAAGCAAGUUCAGAAAGCACUACUCUAGAUUCUAGCUCAUUUGUUCUCAGCCCUGGCUUCCCACUGAAAGCAUCUGAGAGCUUUAAGGGAAAACUAUGGAUGCCUGAUUUAGUUAGUCUAGAGUGGGCAGGGCCUGGGUCUGGCUGUUCGAACAGCUCCCUGUGUGAUCCUGGGUGCAGCGAGCAAUGAGAGCCCUGCUGCCUGAUGAGAGGUCCUGAUGGGACUGGGGGAGAGUUUCCCCGAUUAUGGGCUGAACUGUGUUGACCCAAAAUUCAUAUGGUGAAGUCCUGACCUCCAGUACCUCAGAAUGUAACCAUAUUUGGAGAUAAGUGCUUUAAAGAUGUGAGUUAGUUAAAAUGAAGCCAUUAGGUUGGGUCCUAAUCCAAUCUGUCUUGCGUCCCUAUAAGAUGAGGAAAUUUGGACACAAAGGUACACCAGGAUGUGCACACAGAGGAAAGACCAUGUGAGGACACAGCAAGAAGGUGGCCAUCUACAGGCCAAGGAGAGAGGCCUCAGAAUGAAACCAAAACUCUGGACACCUUGAUCUUAGACUUCCCACCUCUGGAACUGUGAAAAAAUGAAUUUCUGUUGUUUAAGCCUCCAGUCUGUGCUAUGGGUUAUGGCAGCUCUAGCAAAAUAAUAUAUCCCCUAUAUCUCAAGACCAAGGAUGUAAGGAUGUUACACACAUCCAAAUGUGUGUGCGAGACCUACAGACUAGAUCUUUCUACUGUGUUUGCUCCUCCAGGAGAAGCAGGGGCUACACUGAAGUAAAGAUAAGAGGUGGGGCUUCCCUGGUGGCGCAGUGGUUGAGAAUCUGCCUGCCAGUGCAGGGGACACGGGUUCGAGCCCUGGUCUGGGAAGAUUCCACAUGCCGCGGAGCAACUAGGCCCGUGAGCCACAAUUACUGAGCCUGCGCGUCUGGAGCCUGUGCUCCGCAACAAGAGAGGCCACGAUAGUGAGAGGCCCGCGCACCGCGAUGAAGAGUGGCCCCCGCUCGCCGCAACUAGAGAAAGCCCUCGCACAGAAACGAAGACCCAACACAGCCAUAAAUAAAUAAAUAAUUACCAUUUAAAAAAAAAAAAAAAGAUGUGAAUGGAGAAGCAGUCAGGAUAUAAGCCCUGAGCAUAUGGGAAGUGAGCAAAAAUGAUGCUUCCAGAGGGAGUUCACAUUUCAGUGCAGAAGCCAAAGAAGCACAAAUAGCAUUAGGAUAACACAGGGGGAAAAAAAUCCCUUCAAAUAUCAAUUCCACAGACUGCCUUCACUGACCCCACAGACAAGUUAAGUCUCCCAUUGUCCCUUGGGCUUCUCCUUCAUGGCACCUGCUAUAAGUAAUUACUGUUUAAUUAUUAAGUUCCUGCCUAAAGUGAUCUGCUAGACAGUACAUGAGAGCGGAGGCUGUGUCUUGACUUGUGCACCAUCUUGUUCCCCUCCACUUGGUACAUAUUUGUUGAACGAAGGAAUGAACGAACAAGCACUUCUAGCAACCGCUAGCAAAGAUGGUACCAAAAGAACUUAAUUCAGCUGAUGAAUGAAUUAGUGAGCAAAUAAGUCAAUGAAGAAGUGAACCAAUGACUGAGCACUGACUGGAUGUUUGUGUUUUAAAUUCAUCUUAAAUGUUUUCUAAAUUCAGUUCCAAUUAGAUUUCAUGACAGUGAUUACUCAAGAGGAGAUUUCUCCUCCCGAGUAAUUUGGUAAUUGCACUUUUCUGCUGGACCCUUCCGUUUUAAGCAGAGUCAGGUGCCUUGUGAAUCAUUUAGGAAAUCUGCAAAAAAAUGCUUUAUACAUGUAUGUGUGCAUAUGUACACACACACACAUAUACAUACAUAUACAUACACAUACAUAUUCAAUAUAUAUAUUCCACACAUCACCACCGAUUUCAUGUUUGGUUCAAUGUAAGACUCUGAUGAUUGUGCAUAAAACCUCACAGGGGUAGUGUCCCCGUCCACACAUGCCCACCCCAGUCCAAUCCAAAAGACUCAUGUACUCAAUGUGCAAUAAAGGUCAUAGACGAGCCCUCUGGUUGUUUUUCACCUUUGGGAAAAAUGGGGAUGUUUUUAGUUCAAAGUCAUGAACAAAUGCAGGUUCUACAAUUCAGACGCUUCACAUCCCUGAUCGAGGGUCACAUUUUUAUUCAGGCUGGACCACUUGUCUUAGCACCCGUCUCCAAACCUUUGCCAGGUCUGGGAGUUCUGGGAGUGGAGAUUUCUAAGGAUCAAUAAUUCAUACGCAUAUCUCUUAAACUACAACUCUCCCCAGGUUUUUGUGAACUAGUUCAAAUAUUACAAGUCUUUACUGGAAAAUCUCAAAUAUUUUGUCUGGAAAAAUCAGCAAUUCAGGUGUAAAAAAAAACAGGGAAUGCCCAAUUUUACUUCUGUAUUUACAUUGUAGUCAGUUUCCACUCCUGGCUAAAGGCUUGAAUUUCCCAUCUGGGAAUCUCCUAAAGGCCCAGGUGUCAUGGAGGAAGCUGCUCCAUCUUUAUCUAUCUUCUUUCCUUAUUUGGUUGGUGUCUGGGUACCACAAUAAUUAUCAGGCCUUUGGAUUAUCUUCUUGAACUGAUCGCCUAAAUCGCAGGUCUGGGUUUGAUACAGGAGAAGAGAAGUUAGCACAGAGGCACACUGCCCCAUAUCUCCAAGGGAAAGACCAAAUUAGCUCUCAAGAUCCCACAGCUUCUCAGGCCUUCCUUGCCUCCUCCUUUUAAGUUUCUUCAGUUCUCUCCCUUGAACUCCCAUCAUUGGAUGCUGUCAGUGAAUGCUAUUCCAAAACGAUGAAUGGGUUUAUUUGUUUCCUCCCCAACAUUCAUUCCCCUCCUGGCAUCAGCCACAGGUUUUCUUUGGAAAGCCACCCUUCUCCACUCUCUCAGUCCCUGUGGUCUGUAUGUUUGUACCACCUGUAUCUAGAGAUGAGGUCUGAGACUCAGAUCUGGCCA